CCAGCCCAUUCACCCGGGUGGCAUCUCCCAUGCAAACCCACUGUCUGGCACCCUCGCCUCGAUUUAUCUGUUUGUUUCAACUAAUUUGUUUAGUUUUGCACGAAUAAAUAGAUAAAAUCGUCUGCAAGCGUGCAGCAAGCGACAGAAAAGAGUUCGGCGGCUAAAAACUGUUCCAUAGGCGAAGAAACAGCGGUCGUGGCGUCCCAUUAGAGCGCCAAAACGGUGGGUGAAAAAGUGCGCGUGUGGGAAAAGAGGUAUAUAAAAAUACAUCGCUUGGCCGGAGGGCAGCGGCAUAACCAGUCGUAAACAAUUGUAAUGUGCUGAGCCGGUAUAGAACCUAUACACAAUGACGGAGACCUUCGACGAGGAGCUGUUCGAGACGCGCCUGGAGGCCCUGAAGGACACGCAGGAUGGCAUUCAGCAGAUGUCCAACUGGUGCCUGCAGCAUCGCUCCAACCACAAAAAGAUCAUCCAGUGCUGGCUUAAUGUUUUCAAGAGAGUUCGCGUGGAUCACCGCCUCGUGCUUUUCUACCUGGCCAACGAUGUCAUCCAGUACAGCAAGCGCAAGCGCUACGAGUUUGUCGAGUGCUGGGCCACGGCGCUCCAGAGAGCCACCACCAUGGUUCGAGACGAACGCGUCAAGGACAAAAUCCUGCGCAUAUUCAAGAUCUGGGAGCAGCGAGAGAUCUACAAUGAGGAGUAUCUAAGCGAUCUGAGCGGGCUCCUCAACAUAGCACCCCCCAAAAAGUCCCAGGUCGACGUGAGCGACGAGUUCCAGAACGCCACUCUGAUAGCCCAGGUGCGGGAGUGCGUGGAGCUGGCGGAAGCCACUGACAAAAGCAUGAAGAAGCUACCCAAGCCGCCGACCUUUGAGAUUGAAGUCAUCAAGCAGCAGCUGAAGGACAAGAGCCACUCGGGCGACAUUGAGAAGGAGGUGGAGCGGUGUGUGGCCUUCAUAAACGCCUACAACAAGAACCUGCAAAACGAAAUCAAGAGCAGAAAGGCGGUCCUGGCCAGCCUCGAGGCAGCUAAGAAGUUCUACGAGCACCAAGGGAAAGAAGUGAAGGUGGUGGCAAGUGCCUACAAAAGUUUCGGGACUAGGAUAAAAAUAGUUAAAAGAAAGCUGGACGAGACCAUACCCACGUUGGCGAGUCCCAUUCCAUCCCCGGACAUAAACGCCCCCUCGCCGGAGCGGGAUGCCGAUCUCCAGUUGCCCGAAGAGAAUAACUCAUCAUUGGGAAUGAGCCUAUUUGGCGGAGGCUUGAACGGCUUUUCCAGUUACCUGGACAGUGGAAAGCUGCCAUUCGAUAUAAACGACUUCAAGCGGGACUCGAAGGACCAGGGCAGCGCCAUCGAGGUAAUCGGAUCUCGGUCGGACGACGAGGGCUACAACCCGAAUGCCAACUUCUACAAGCCGGAGCCGAUCUCUAGUUCGAAUAAUAGCUCCAUUCCUGGUCUCGGUGGAGGAUCUGCGGAGUACACGCCCAAUCCUCCUCUAUUCGGCUCCAGCAGCCAGGAGUAUGUGCCGCCACCCCCGUCCCAUAUGUAUGGAGGAAACGGAAGCGCAGCGGGCAACGGAAGCCAGGAGAGUCAAUACGCUCCUUCGUCUAUGCCACCGCCACCCCUGCCGCCAUCUAUAGGGCCAGCGGGAGCGGGGGACGACUUCAACAGCACCUGGAACAUGAGCAUGUCAUGGACGGCGCUAGACACAAGCUUGAACAGCAGCGGGGCCAGCUCCUCUUCGUACGCGAACCAGUCGACGCCGCAUUCGCCGCCCCAUUUUGAGCGGAAGGGAAGCGCAGGAGCCGCGCCCAUCGAAUAUAACGAGCAUCUGCACACGGAUUCAGCAGCGCUGGGCGCCGAGGAUGUGGACCAUCGGACGCUGCAGCUCCCACCUGCCUUUGACUUCGGGGCCAAGCUGGGACUGAGCAAGGACAAGACCAGGCAGCUGGUGGACAUUGACCACCGAAAUCUUAUAUCCCUAACUGGUUCGCCGGGCGGAGCAGAAAAGGAGUUUACUGGUGGGGAUGUUGACUAUAGGAUCGUACCGCAUCCUAGUGAGGAUGGGAUGAUGGCGCCGCCAGGAAAUAGCUACGCCAAGACGAAGGUCAGCUCUCCCCAUAAAUCGAAUGCCAGUUCUUCAUCUGAAUCGGAUCGUGUGGAUGGCUCUGCUAGGUAUGAUCCUUCAGACAUGGUGGUGGACAUGGACAUGUCGGACGACGACAUUGAUGAGUCUUUGAGAGAACCAAAUAACACGGCUGGAGAUGGUGAGGCAAAUGGCGAUUCGGCGUCCCGUCCUGUCUUGCUCGAAACUCCGUCGGAGUUCAUGAACUCGUGGGAGCCCAGCAAUCCAUUCAUGGGGCCUCCCAUGCCGGAUCAGGACCAGGAGCAGCUUCAACACCAGCAGCAGGGAUGGAAUCAAAUGCCUCCAAUGCAAAUGGGCGGAGGCGGUGGUCCAGCGCCGCCUCCACCGCGCCCUCCCUUCGGAUCACCCUUCCAACCUUUUCAAAGAUUUCCUAUGAACGGCCCGGACGGAGGAAUGCCAGGACGAGGGCGAGGCAGGGGUCGAGGAUGGAAUGGUCCCGGCCCGAACGGCCCAUUUAGGCCACCGUUUCAGCGAAUGCCCGGUCCUGGAUUCGAAGGCCCUGGUCCUGGGCCCCGGCCAUUUUUCCCGCGAGGCGGCGGUCCCGGAGGUCCGAUGCGAGGACGUGGACGAAUGCGCGGUAAAGCUUGGAUGAUGUAAUUACGUAUUAUGUAGAUCUUCACAAUCACACUGACAACAAAAAACAGGAGAGAAACACUCUCGGCUUUAGUUUUAGUCCUCAGCUAUCUCACCUUGAUUUUAUUGAUAUUUUAAUCGAAAAGCAAAUUUAAUUGUACAGAACACACGGACCACAUUACCCGAACUGGCUGGAUGGGUUUCCCUUGGGGCGGUGGGCGAGGUCGUUGGUCUGACAGUGUUCAGAGCGCAUUAUAUGAAUUCGUUUAGCCUGUACUUUUAGCAAACAAUUUAAAUGUUUUGAGAAUAUAAUAUUUAAAAUAAAAAUGAUUUCCAGCAGAGAAUAAAUGAAUUAAAGAACACUAUCCAUUAUCCUCCCUGUUCGCCAACGUCCUUGGGCCUUCCUCCAAGGGAAGUCCGAGACAACCGCUUCUAAGACUUAAUUCACAGAUCAUUUUGAAGCUCCUUAACCUUAGGAUGAUGCCUUAGCUUCCACAUUAUCCGCUUAGUUUAGUUAAUGCGCCAUUGCCUCUAAUAUUAAGCUUAUCAUAGAAUUAAGCGUAAUCGGUAUUGUAAAUAGUUUUAAAAUAAGUCUAAAAUGAAUUGAUGAUUGGCCUGCUCUUCACUGCAUUGUAAUUUCCAACUGACCUUCAAACUUAAAUAAAAAUAAAUAUUCCAAUUAAAACCCAAGUAAAUGUU